AUGGCUGGUCCUGCCGUGCUACGGAAAGAUCAGCUAGAGACAAGUUUGUAUAACGAGCGAGAACUGAUCCGAGCUGGCAAGCUGAAGGAGGAUAACCCUCUCGACCUUAGCGAUGACUUCAAGGAGUUGUGUGAGGCAUGUCGAAGAGGAGACUUAAAAGUUUGCCAUGAAAAAAUUGCCCUGGGGGUGAAUAUAAAUGGGCGGGAUCUUUUUGAUUGUACUCCUCUGAUACUUGCUAGCCUGUGUGGCCAUUACGAUGUUGUACGCCUUCUUCUUGAAUCUGGUGCCUUGUGUGAACGAGAUACCUUUCAAGGUGAAAGAUGCCUUUACAAUGCCUUGAAUGACAAUAUUCGAAACCUUUUAUUGAAGUAUGACUACUCAAAGGCAACAGACCCUCUGCAACCUUAUGCGGCACAUAUCACAUCUUUAUUAACAAGGGAACAUCCUCGUACCUCGGAUAUUGUUGUAACUUCAGCGGAUGAAUCAUUUCACUUGCAUAAGUUUAUUUUAUCUGCAAGAUCUCCCUACUUUCGGAAGAAGUUACUCAAUUUCCCGAAUGUAUCGACAUCGCAGCUACCAAUUACUCUUCCGCCGCAGGCAUUUAGCGCUGGUAUAAGAUAUCUUUACUUUGGAGACACUCCCCGAGAACUAAGGUCCGGUCCUGGCACUGGUUUCUCUGAGUCUGAAGUCCUAGCCGGGAUAGACAAAAUUGCUACUCAACUAGGACUCCAUACUCUAAUGGAUACCAUAAUGGAUAGUGGUGAUCGAAGACUUGCCAGGCAGCGGAGGGUGGAUGAGAGCGCAAAAGGCAGGGAUGAUAUGGAGAUAUGGUUCCAGGAAAAUGUUCUGAAACACAAAAUUGUUACCGACACAGACUCGAUUGAUCAAGUAAAGUGGAGCCGAGACAAUAUGGUAUUCGCUGACGUUCUUCUCCAAGCCGACGAAGAUGCUACCGAUGCAGUGGAACAGACCGAAAUAUCUCACGAUGGAGGCACGCUUGGGCGCAUUCUAAUAGGCCCAAAGUUGCAGGCUCGCAAAUCUGUCUUAUACCCAGUUCAUCGGGCAAUGCUUCUCCGCUCCGAAUUCUUCCUCGCUAUGUUUUCUUCCGGAUUUCGGGAAGCGCAGAUGUCUGAGCAUUUGCAGGUCAUAUCCGUGGACUGCGCCCCUGAUGUAUUAGAGAUAGUACUGACUUUUCUAUAUACCGAAAAAGCGAAUUUCCCGCUUAAUGUGGCCAUUGAUGUUCUUUAUGCAGCAGAUCUGCUCAUGAUUGAAAGACUUAAAAACAAAGCAGCACUGAUUAUCAGCUCUCUGGGUAGCGGAAACACCAAUCCGCUUGAGUCUAAUCUUUUGAAUGGUGCCCCUGCAGCCGAUCAGCUCUCAGCUGAUAUGGCCUACGGGUUAGCCUUGAGCGAGGCUGAAGAAGACGAAGAACCCAUUGAUAUUUACGAGAUUAUGCGCGCGGGCUGGUUUACCCGUGUUCAGCGCUUAGAAGAAUUUGCAGCCCGAUAUUUAGCCACCAGGCUGGAGAAACAUAUCGACAGGCCUGAAUUCGAACAGUUGGUGCUAGAGUCAGCGGCACGUAUUGAGAAACGACACAAAACAGACACUAUUGAAUUGAUCGACGAUAUUCGAUACUACCUCGAUGAUCGAUUUCGAAUGCGCUUCGAAGAAGACUGCUUGUUUGACGAGAUGGAGGAAAAUUCGGAAAAGGUUGUAGCGGAGCUGCGCGAGGCCAUCACGGAACCCACAUCUAGUUCGAAUUCUUCCAACACAGACACUCCAUCAUCCUCUUCGUCGGAUUCUCGGGCCGCUGGAACCCUAAAUCCAGAAAACAUCGGCGACUUCAAAGUCGAGCUGUCUGGGCACGCCCCCAAAGAGAGCCCCUUCAGCCCCCAGAUCCGGAGUUUAAGCAAACAGCCGCCAGUCUCUUCUUCCACGUUUUCGAGGGACGCUGCGAACUAUCAACUUCUCCAAAGAAAGCUAGAUAUCCUACUGGAAAAGUUAAAUCUGGAUGCUUGA